AUGGCGGUGGAUUUGUUAUGGGAGGAAGAACUAGGCUUUGAUUCCAUUUGUUGGAGACAAAUCACAGGUUUGGGGCUAGAUUCAGAUUUCAUUAGCCUUGCCACAAACCAUGGCAGGUUGGGGAUACAUGUUCACAGCAAAAUGUGCAAUGAGUUGACUUUGAUGCUGGAUAAGGUUUCCUCUAUUCUUCCAUCAAUAGAAGCUGCUCAACCAGGAUGCAAAGCAGGUGUAGAGGAACUAUGCAACCUAUACAACAUAGUUGGCAAAGGGAAACUCAUAAUCCAGAAUUGCAUUGAAUGUAGCAGUCUUUACUUGGCUAUUACUAGUGAAGCGACUGCAAUGCGGUGUGAAAGGAUAAGGAACUCGUUGAGGCGGAGCUUGUUCCUAAUACAGAACAUGGUUGAACAAUUGUUAGCUAAUGAGGUGGCUGAUGUCCAUAAUGAUCUUCGAGAUCUGAAAUUCAUUGUUGAUCCAGCAGAAGAGGAUGCUGGAAAAGUAAUUCUGGAGAUGCUUCGGCAUUCUGAAGUAACCCAAGAAUUGGAGCUUCAGACUUUCCUUUUAGCAGCUUCAAAAUUGAACAUUACAUCACCUAAAGCUGUCCUAAUUGAAAGAAGAGCAAUCAAGAAAUUACUUGCCAAGAUCAAUGGCACUGAUCAAAAAAAGGAAGGAAUCCUUAAGUACCUCCUAUAUCUAGUUAGGAAAUACGGGAAGAAUACCAAGCCAGGGACUAAUGAAAAGAAUCAAAAUCUGAAUGUUGCAACUGAAGUUGUGAGUUUAGACUCAAUUGUUAAUGGCAUCAAUACUACGGAAAGAUGCAAUUCAGCUGCAGAGUCAGCCAAUAUGAGAUAUGAUGAUCAGAAUAGUUUGUCUGGAGCAGACACACCACCUCCAGAGUUCUGCUGCCCAUUGUCUUUGAAGCUGAUGCGAGAUCCUGUGAUAAUAACAUCUGGACAAACAUAUGAAAGAGAAAAUAUCAAGAGAUGGUUCAAUGAGGGAUAUGAUACUUGUCCUAGGACACAUAUGAAGUUAAAAAACUUCACAGUAACGCCAAAUACAUGCAUGAAGGCUGUUAUUCAUAACUGGUGCAAAGAUCAUGAGCUUGAAUCUACUUAUUUGCCUGAGCAAUUUCAGAAUUGUUAUUCUGUAUCGAGUUUGCACAAUGUCUCUGCACCUCUAAUUAUAGAAAAGAAUAGAGAUUACACAGUUGAUUAUAGCAGUUCAUCUUUUGGACCAUCAGGUGCUAGUUAUAUAUCAUCCCCCAUGAGGGAAACAGAGCAGUCAAAGACUAGUUUUGAUCAGUUUUAUUCUAAUGCCAAUUACCAGUUGUAUUUGUCCUUCUGCAACUUUGACAAGGCAAUGUUCUUGGGUUUCUUCCAUGAGCUGUCUGAGCUUCCCUUUGAACUGCAAAAAAAAGCUGUCAGAGAUUUGAAGACUGUUCUGAGAGGUGAAAAUCAAAUUUGGCAUUCUAUGGUCUGCAAUGGGUUUUUUGAAGCAUUCCAUGAAUUCCUUAAGAAUGAUAGUGGAAUUCACACACUGCAAGCUCGAAGGGCUGGGAUUCAGUUUUUUCUUGCUUUCCUUUCUAGUGGCAGGGCUCGAAUUCCUUCAGUUUGUGAAGAUGUGAUACUUCUGAUUGCAUCACUACUUGAUUCGGAGUUCAAACAGGAAGCUCUUCAGAUUGUACAUGAAUUGCUUCAGGAACCAAGUUGUCGAAAAUCUAGUCUCAUGGCCUCCGUUUUUUCUCCUUUAGUGUUUGGAGCUUUGGACAGUGGAGAAACCAAGUUCCUGGACCUCGCUCUGCAGAUCAUCUGCAAGAUUUCAUCUGAUAAUGAUAUGAAAUCAUACCUUGUUUCCUCUGGAAUAGUCUCGAGGCUAUCUCCGCUCCUCGGUGAAGGCAAGAUGAUAGAAUGCUCUUUGAAGAUUUUACGGAACUUGAGUGAAGUGAAAGAGACGGCAGGGUUUAUAAUCAGAACAGGCAAUUGCCUCAGCUCCAUUUCAGAUCAUCUGAACACUGGAAGACACAGCGAACGUGAACAUGCAGUGGUCAUCCUUCUAGCAGUAUGUUCCCACAGUUCUGAGGUUUGUUCACUUGCCAUGAAGGAAGGCGUCAUCCCAGCCCUUGUAGACUUAUCAGUGAGUGGAACCAAGGUGGCAAGAGAUUGCUCAGUCAAGUUGCUUCAGCUUCUGAGGAACUUCAGGCGAUGCGACCAGUUCAGCAGUUCAUGUUCAAGCGAGGUAGCUGCUGAUCAUGUUUCAGAGAAGCCUCCCAAUGAUUCAGUUUGCAAACAGCCGAUAUCAAAGUCAGCCCGGUAUAUUUCAAGAAAGCUCAACGUUUUCUCGAAACCUCGGUCGCUGACCCUGGCUUGA